CCCAAUUCUCUUGACCAUCAUUACCAUCUUCUUCUCCUUCCUCCAGUAUAGAUAAAGCCAGAUUCUUUCUUCAAUCGACUCUCGUCAGCCGCUAAGCUCCGUCGUGACUCGGCGUUCGCAGUCCGCUUCACCAUGACAGCUCACUCAUCUCUCAAUCCAGCUGGACUCGACAAAAGUGGAAGGAUUUCCUAUUUUGGCUUACCGGCAAUGGAAGUCUCUCUGGCGUUCCCUCAAGCAACUCCUGCUUCAAUAUUCCCUCCUUGUAGUAAGAACUGACCGCCCCUAUUUUGCAGAUAUUUCCAGCAUAAAACCAUUGCCCAUGAAAUUAUUCGUCCUCCCUUUGCAUCGCCUACUCUUUUGCAACACUUUGGCAUGGCGAAAGACUAAAAUCAUCUGACGGUGCUCGCAAAAAGGAUGAUUCGUUCCUUCUAAUAUCAUGCAUAUCAGCUGGUUAAAGACCUGGCAGAGCAAGCUAUAAGGAUGAAAGUGAGAAAAUGCAUGGAAAAGGAUGUCGCUCCAAUAAUGACAGGGUACUGGGAGAAGGCAGAGUUUCCAUUUGAUGUCGUGCCCAAGCUCGGCGCCCUCCGUAUUGCUGGUGGCACUAUCAAGGGUUAUGGUUGCCCUGGUCUGUCCAUUACCGGAAGUGCUAUCUCUGUUGCCGAGGUGGCUAGGGUGGAUGCUAGUUGUUCCACAUUCAUCUUGGUUCAUUCCUCCCUGGCAAUGCUCACUAUUGCACUAUGUGGGUCAGAGGAGCAGAAGAAUAAGUAUUUACCUUCUUUAGCAGAACUAAGCACCGUGGCCUGUUGGGCUUUGACAGAACCUGAUUAUGGAAGUGACGCAAGUGCUUUAAGAACGACAGCCACAAAGGUAGAAGGGGGUUGGAUACUCGAGGGCCAAAAGCGCUGGAUUGGAAACAGCACUUUUGCAGAUUUGUUGGUUAUUUUUGCGAGAAAUACUUCAACAAAUCAAAUAAAUGGGUUUAUUGUGAAAAAGGAUGCCCCUGGAUUAACUGUGACAAAGAUUGAAAACAAAAUUGGACUACGAAUUGUUCAGAAUGGAGAUAUCGUCAUGAAGAAUGUAUUUGUCCCUGAUGAUGAUAGAUUGCCUGGGGUCAAUUCCUUUCAGGAUACAAACAAAGUCCUUGCAGUUUCUCGUGUCAUGGUUGCUUGGCAGCCAAUUGGAAUUUCAAUGGGCAUCUAUGACAUCUGUCACAGGUAUCUGAAGGAGCGGAAGCAGUUUGGAGCCCCACUUGCAGCUUUUCAAGUAAACCAGCAGAAACUCGUCCAGAUACUUGGAAAUGUUCAGGCUAUGUUUCUUGUUGGUUGGCGACUUUGCAAACUGUACGAAGCUGGUAAAAUGACUCCUGGCCAAGCUAGCUUAGGAAAGGCCUGGAUCACAAAGACGGCAAGGGAAACUGCUGCUCUCGGAAGGGAGUUGCUGGGUGGCAAUGGCAUCCUCUCUGAUUUUUUAGUUGCUAAGGCUUUCUGCGACUUGGAGCCUAUCUACACAUACGAAGGCACAUAUGACAUCAACAGCUUGAUCACGGGGAGGGAAGUUACCGGCUUGGCGAGCUUCAAGCCUGCUGCAUCAAGGAGCCAAAGAAGCCGCUUGUAAACUUCUCAAUUCCGUUUUCCGUUGAGAAUUAAACAGCUCCAUUGCAGGCCGACGAGGAGAGAAAGGAAGGAAAAAAAAAAAAGGGAUCUCGAGAAUUGGAGGAUGGGAGGAUGAAUAAGAUAUUAAAGUGAUGUAAACAAGCUCUUGUCUUGAGCACUUGGAUGCUUUUCGAUGCCUUUCAUAAACCAGUAUAUUUACGGUCAGUUUACAACCGCAUGACCGACGUAUAGAUCUAAUCUUAAGAAGCAA